AUGAGAGGAAACACACUCCUGUGCUUUUUUCUUUUACCAUUUCUCUGCAUAAACCACAAUGCCAACGUCUUUCCGGCCAAUGCCUAUUUGCUUGGCAACGAGUGUUCCAUGUUGCUCCUUUUGAAAAAUAACCUAAUAUUCAACCCUACAAUUUCCAAAAAACUCACUCUUUGGAAUCAAAAUGAAGAUUGUUGUCAAUGGAAUGGAGUGACAUGCAAAGAAGGUCGUGUUGUAGCCCUUGAUCUCAGUGAGGAGUCUAUCUCAGGAAGACUUCUUAAUUCAACCGUUCUUUUUGGCCUUCAAUAUCUUCAAAGCUUGAAUUUGGCUUUCAACAACUUCAGUUCGGUGAUUCCUUCUGAACUAUGCAAACUUAAUAAUUUGAGGUAUUUGAACUUUUCAAAUGCUGGCUUUGAGGGGCAGAUUCCUAAUGAGAUGUUUCAUCUCAGAAGGUUAGUUAUUCUUGACUUGUCUUCUUCAAUCUCCUCACCUCACAGCCUGAAACUCGACAAGCCAAAUAUAGCAAUGCUUUUGCAAAACCUUACAGAAAUCACAGAAUUAUAUCUAGAUGGUAUAACAAUAUCUGCAAAAGGACAAGAAUGGUUUCAUGCUUUAUCUUCAUUGCACAACUUGCGUGUUCUAAGCAUGUCAUCAUGCAAUAUGUCUGGACCUAUUCAUGCUUCCCUGGCUAAGCUUCUGUCACUCACUGUUCUGAAUUUAAGCAACAACAGCAUGUCCAGCUCAGUGCCAGAUUCCUUAACAAACUUGUCCAAUCUAGUCAUACUGCAACUCAGAAGUUGUGGCUUGAAUGGCUCUUUUCCGAAAGAUAUCUUCCUCAUGCCAUCAUUAGAGGUGCUUGACAUCUCAGACAAUCAACAUCUUAUGGGUUCUUUUCCAAACUUCCAACCACGUGGUUCUCUUCGUGACUUGAAUCUCAGCGAGACAAGUUUCACAGGAAAGCUUCCGGGUGCAAUUUCUAACUUGAAACAUAUUGAUAUAUCUUAUUGCCAAUUUAAUGGAACACUUCCUAGUUCAAUGUUAGAACUCAUCCAGCUAGUUUAUCUGGACUUGUCUUCCAAUAACUUUUCAGGUACACUUCCUUCUUUUAAUAUGUCCAAGAAUCUUUCAUAUUUGUCCCUCUCACAUAAUAGUUUAACAGGGGUGUUACCAUCUAAUCAUUUUGAGGGCCUUAAAAAUCUUGUCAUCAUUGAUCUGGGGUUUAACUUUUUCAAAGGGACUCUUCCCUCAUCUCUGCUUAAACUUCCAUAUUUACGAGAACUUAAACUUCCCUUUAAUCAACUCACUGGUCUGUUGGAUGAAUCUGUGAUGACCUCACCUACACUGGAGAUGCUUGAUUUGGGUAGUAAUAAUUUGGAAGGACCUAUUCCUUUGUCUAUAUUUAACCUUAGAACACUUCGUGUCAUUCAACUUAAUUUAAACAAGUUUAAUGGCACAUUACAGUUGGACAUGAUUCGCAGGUUGAGUAACCUGACUUCAUUAUGCCUUUCGCAUAACAAUUUGUCAGUUGAUAUAUACUCUAGAUAUGAACGUGAUCCAUCACCCUUUCCUGUUCUAAGAAAAAUAAUGUUGGCAUCUUGCAAGUUGAGAGGAAUCCCUAGUUUUGUGAAAAAUCAAUCAGCAUUACUGUAUCUUGACCUUGCUGACAACGAGAUUCAAGGAACAAUACCUUAUUGGAUUUGGCAACUUGAAUAUCUUCUUCUGUUGGACCUGUCCAAAAAUUUCCUAACAAAAUUGGAAGGAAAUUUCUGGAACUUUAGUUCAAACCUUAUGCUUCUUGAUCUUAGUUCCAACCAACUACAAGGGCCAUUGCCAUUCCUUCCAAGGUCUGUAAAUUAUAUGGACUACUCAAACAAUAGAUUUAACUCGGUCAUUCCAACGGACAUUGGAAAUCGUCUCCCUUUUGUAAAAGUGUUGUAUCUUUCAAACAACAGUUUUCAAGGACAAAUCCCUGAAUCCUUUCUCAAUGCUUCAAGUCUUCUUCUACUCGAUCUUUCUCGCAAUAACUUUGAUGGAACGAUUCCCAAGUUUUUUGCUGAGUUGAGUAGCACUCUUCGGGUGUUGAACUUUGGUGGAAACAAACUUCAAGGAUAUAUUCCUGAUACUCUGCCAACUUCAUGUUCUCUACAGUUAUUGGACCUAAAUGACAAUCUCUUGGAGGGUACCAUCCCAACAUCUUUAGCAUAUUGCCAGAAACUACAAGUCGUGAACCUUCGAAGAAAUUUAUUAACCGACAAAUUUCCUUGUUUCUUAAGUAAGAUUUCCACCUUACGAAUCAUGGAUUUACAGUUAAACAAACUUCAUGGGUCAAUUGGAUGCUCAAAAAGCAGAGGUGACUGGGAAAUGCUCCAUAUGGUUGAUGUAGCAUUCAAUAAUUUCAGUGGUGCAAUACCAGGAGCACUAUUGAACAAUUGGAAAGCAAUGAUGCGAGACAAUGAUAAUGUCGGACCAGAAUUUGGCCACUUAUUCAUUGAUAUCACUGAUAACUAUAAUCCCAAGGAUUUUAAGGAUUUAUUGUUACACUUAGACAAAACUAUUGUAGCAAAGUUGGCUAAAAUUGUUGCAAACGUACCUCGCUCUAUUCUUGAUGAGGGGUCCUCAGACACGGUUUUUUUUCCAUUGUAG